AUGGCGACCGCGACAAGGAGUCGCACCCAAGCGAAGGAGGACUUUCCUGAGGCUCCUGCACCAUGGAGUACACGAUGCGAGACAUACUGGAUGGUCACUCAGCUCCCAAGCCCACUGCCUGUAGACAUCUGGGAUCCACUAGAAGCAACUCAUUCCACUUGCACAGUCCGGGAUUUCAAGAUGGGGAGUACGGGUGUUAUCAUGAUCGUCCGCUACUUCGACACUCCUGUAGGAGAGUACGACGAGCUUGCCAUCAUUCCAGGCACCUUCAGCGUGACUGGUGGACCAGAGAGGGGCCAGAACCGAUCGCGGAUUACUAGGAUAUAUGUCAACCAGAAGGAGAUCACUUUCAACGGUCGUCGCAACUGGAACAUACCCAAGCAUCUAGCGCGCUUCGAGUUCUCCUCGCCACGGACAGCAAAGGGAUCGUCGCCACCGAAUGAGCUCACCGUCACAGUCUACCCGCCCGAAGGCUACAAAGUCAGAGCAGAGAUCCCUUUCUUUAAGGCUACGUUCACGACCAUGAGCUGGACGCCCUCAUUCCCUCUAUCAACAAAGUACUUCGUCAAUACCAAGUUCGUGCAACCUCCCAUUCCUGCCGGCGAGGACACUGCGCUGGUUGGUACUGAUAGCUGGAAAUCCUACGAUGUCUCUGCUUGGUCGAACCGCGCCAAGCUCGUAUGGGUUAAGACUGAAGAGGGUAGAAAUAUCGUGCCUAAAGGAUGGUUUCCGAAGUUUAAGCCGUGGAGCUUCGGGUUCAUGCUACAAGAUGCUACUUUGGAUAUUUCCAAGCCAGAGGAGUGGUAA